UCAAGGUGUGAACGAGUGUGUGUCGUCUCCUUGCAAAAAUGGAGGAGUGUGUCAAAAUGUUCUUGGAGGGUUUGCUUGUGAUUGCAAAAAGGACAGCAAUAAUUUUGGGAAACUUUGUGAAGAAGAACUGGAUGUAUGUUCGUAUUCAUCCCUUUGUCAAAACGAUGGAAACUGUAGUCAUAGCAAUGGAACAGUUCUAUGUAGUUGUCCAACAGCUUGGACUGGAAAUUUCUGUCAAUUUUAUUUGGGGGAAUGUGAAUCAUCGCCUUGUCAGAAUGGAGGAAGUUGUUUUUCAGGGAAUUCUACUUUUUCAUGUAUUUGUCCACCUGGAUUUACUGAAGAACAAUGUGAAAGAGGUACUGUAUUUCAUUUGCUUUGAUAAAUGAUCAAAUUGAUCACAAGAGUGAGUUUUCAUUUAUUUCUUUUUUCCAUGGCAUAGACAUCGACGAAUGUGCAAGAAACCCUUGUAGUGUUAAUGCCACAUGUCAAAAUACGGGUGGCAGUUACUUUUGUGAAUGUCCCCAAGGUUAUCAAGGAAUACACUGCA